GAUUUCAGUAUCGAACCGGCUUUCUACUGCAACGGAUUGGAAAAAUAAUCUACAGCGAAAAGGCGAAAAAACGCACAAAAUCAUUUAGUACAUACAUACAUAUUUUUCUACUUAAUAUUUUUUUUUUGCAUACCCCCACCUUGAGAAAGGAAAAAAAAAAAGAUUGUAUGAAGUAGUUGUGAAAAAGGCCACCCAAUUACCUACUCAAACGAACGCCAUUUGUGUGAAUUAGCAUUUUAAUGUGAACCGUUUAAGCUUACGGUAAAAAUAUACAUACAUACAUAUGUACAGCACUUGCACUGUAGUUUUGAAAAAUUGUUGGGGAAAAAAUUUAUCAAUCAACGAAUAAGAAAUCAAGAGAAAUUGGAAAAAAAAUUAAUGAAUGAAAAUUUGAGAGCCCCUUAAAGUGAAAGGGUGCGCAAAACGUGAAAAAAGUGAGUGGAAAAAGUGAAUUGUGUUUGUUAAACGUAAAUUCAUACAUAUCUAUAAUCCACGACGCGGUGCUGCUUAGCACACCAAGACGCAAUUAAAUUUUCUUCAUAGUCCAAGUUUGUGUUGUAAUAUCUUUGUUAAAUUUUGUUUUGGCACGCGCAAGCCACAAGCGAGUGCUGUGGGAACGAAAACUCCUUCCUGCAGACGCAUAUACCAAGUCAGUCAGGCGAAUCGCGUUAAGUGCUCGUUAGAAAAAUCGAUUUCCUUGCAUGUGGAGUUUCAAUCCGAGACACAUUUUACAUUGAACACUGUCUGGGCAUUGCUGUGCGACGUACACACACACAACACAACAACGUAAGCCGUGAGACAACCAACUCAAUGUGUUGUCCUGCCGACUGGACAUACAUGACAAGCACAACAACUACAAUAAACAUAUCGAUGUCAUGGACAAAGACCCAGGAAAAAAUAAAGACCCACCCAUUGCAACAACAGCAGCAGCUGCUGUUGUGGGUCGAGCCCGUAAUACCAAACUGGAGGAGUAUGAUGCAGCACCUACGCCCAUUCCAGCUGCACGCACGCGGCGCCUAAAUCGCACAGCUGAUGCACCUUCCACCGCAUCGCCAACGUUUGAAACAGCUGCGCCGCAAGCCAGCUCUUUUGUUGAGCAGAAGGAGGAGGAGAAUGACGUACUAAGUGAACAGCUGGAGUCAUCGACAAUCACGCGCACGUAUACCUCGCAUAAAAUUAUACACCAUUCCACCGAGUUCCAUGAGAGUAGCUCCAGCUCGAGUUCUAUGCAAUAUGUUGCAGAGGAAGAGCUGGAUACGCCGACCACACCGUCACACCGCUUGCGUCAAAAAGUGGCUGAGUAUGAAAAGGUUUGGUCCUCGGGCGGCAGCCUUAAGCGUUCACCGGACGAAAGCGCUGAAGAGCUUCGUCGCGAAUUUGUGGAAACUUCGAAGCCAACUGCAGAGUAUACAAGCCACGAUGCCUUUGGCGCUGCUGAGCCGCUGGAUAAUCCUUUUGAUAUUGAUGUGCUGGAGAUUGAGAAACGUUUGCGUAGGGAACGGCAACGUGGGCUAGCUGAGGCCGAGGCUGCUAAACUGGCAUUCCAACAGGUGCAGCUACGUCAUACGCCACAAGCAUCGCCGCGUCGCGUGGAAGUGGAGGAAGACUACACUGCUGUGCCCUUUAAUGUGACACUACGCACGACUACCAGGUUAAGUCCAGGCGAUGAAUCGGAUUAUAUGGACGCUGAUGAGGCGCCGCCGUUAAGUCCCUUCAAUGUGACACUGCGUACGACGCAUCGCAUAGUGAAGAAGGAUCUCUCGACCAGCUCGCAGCAAUAUGAAGAGACCUCAUCGACUACUAGCAGCCCCUUUAAUGUUACACUACGCACAACAACGCGUCGCGCACAACCGUUUAAUCCAACCACUACUGGUGAUCCGAAAAGCGCAACUGCGCAAUUUUUGGAGUCCGAGAAGACAGUGCGUGAGCUGCAUGCUGUCGAUGGUGUACGUACCAUUGUAACAUCGUCCAUGACAAGUGAUGGGCGCAAGCACGAAGAGAAAAUAUUUCGUCACGGUGAAGGCUAUGUGUCACCACGUUGCUCACCGCAGCGCGAGAAUCGCCCGUUCUUUGAGUCCUCGGAAAGCGAGCGUGAAGGUUCCGUGCCACGCUCCGUAAGCGGACGCACAAGCGCGACGCCACCCCGCACUGUCGACAUGACAGCGGGUGGUCGCCGUAUACUAAUACGUCUGGAGGAUGAAACUAACGAAUCCAGCACACAUCACGAAAUCUACGACACUACUGACUCGGCGGUGCAAGCGCGCAUACGUCAAUUGGCACGCAGUCCAGACGGCGGCGGUGGCCAUGCUUCAGGUACAUUGUAUAACGUUGCGAUGGAAACGUCACCUGGUAACAUUGACAUUACGGUUGGUAGCACGCACCGCCACAACCACCACCAUCACCAGCAGCAGCUUCAUCAACAGCAAACGCAACCGAAACAGUCGGGCCAACGGUAUUACCAACAGCAACGGCAACGGCAGGAACAACAAAUGCAAACCGAAAGCAGUGUAGGCAAUAUGGUUAUGGAAACACAAAAACAAAAACAACAAGAGCAAGCAUAUCAUCAACAAGCACCAUGGCAAAUGACGGAAUCAACAACAACGCCUCCAAGCAAAGUAGUAAAAAUCAGUACACCAACAGGCGAAACCGCGACAGGACAAAUAGCGACUGGUACGACGCAUACGGCUAGUACAUUAGAGACGAGCCAAUCGCACGGUUCUUCCGCGGAAGAAUCGCAACGAGUUGUCAGCAGAAAAAAGAAAACGACAACGACAACAACAACAACGAAAGUGACCAGUAGUAAGCACGCGAGUGAAGAACGUAGUGAAUUAUAUGAGGAACAACAGCGUCAAGUUAAUGCCGGGAAGUCGCCGCGCCCAACCGGUUUAGCUUUAUCCGGUGCGAAUGUGCGUAUCGCCGGUACGACGAUUAGACAAUCGAAGGGCGAAAGCCCACUAAGAAGUGAACUAAGUGACGACUCAGAUACGGAGGGUGUGGCUGCCAAGGAUCUGGUUAUUGUGCCCACACAUGUGAAGCCAAGCCAGGCAGCAGCCGGUGUGAGUCAGAGUCACAGUCCGAGUUCAAGUGCAAGUGCAAUACAUACACCGACGACAAACCCCUCAACGACAACUGCCAGCAGUACUUUCGGUAAGAGUCUGACAGGAUAUCAGACACUACAACAACAAAGUACUCAAGACGAAUACCAAGAAUUCCAAUCUACAAUGGCAGCGAUUAAUUUCGCACGCAGUAACUCCCAAUACGACAGUCAUAUAAGGGAGAAAAGAGAGGAGCAAGAACGUGUGCAGAAGAAGACAUUUACCAAUUGGAUUAACUCGUAUCUCUCGAAGCGUGUUCCACCGCUUCGUGUUGACGAUUUAAUCAACGAUUUACGCGAUGGUACCAAACUUAUUGCACUCUUGGAAGUGCUAUCCGGCGAACGUUUGCCCGUGGAGAAGGGUCGCGUUCUACGACGUCCGCAUUUCCUCAGCAAUGCUAAUACAGCCUUACAAUUCUUAGCCAGUAAACGUAUCAAAUUGGUGAAUAUUAAUCCGGCAGAUUUGGUGGAUGGGAGACCACCAGUUGUGCUGGGUCUGAUAUGGACCAUCAUAUUGUACUUCCAGAUUGAGGAGAAUAGCCGCAACCUUGAAUAUUUGGGUCAUGGUAUUAGCGGUUCGGUUAGUUCUCUCGACAGCGUUGGCAAGACUGUCAGCGAUCAAAAGGCUGAGAAAUGGAAGCAAGGUGCUAGGAAGACACUGCUGAAUUGGGUUACCAAUGCCUUGCCAAAAGACAUCGGCAUUGAAGUAAAGGAUUUCGGCGCCAGUUGGAGAGAUGGUGUCGCCUUCCUAGCCCUUAUCGAUGCAAUCAAAGCAAAUUUGGUUAAUUUGGCUGACUUGAAAAAGGCCAACAAUCGUCAACGUCUAGAAACUGCUUUCGAUGUGGCUGAAAGUAAGCUGGGCAUUGCCAAAUUGUUGGAUGCUGAGGAUGUGGAUGUACCAAAACCGGAUGAGAAGAGUAUAAUGACAUAUGUGGCGCAAUUUUUGCACAAGUACCCUGAACCAAAAGGUGCCUCACGUGAUACAUCACACAUACAACAGGAAUUGGAUGAACUACGCCGUUUCCUGAUAGAAAAGACCACAGAAUAUGAGCCCAUGGUCAUGUCGAAUUCAUUCCCGCGUGAUUUCGCUGAAUAUCUGAUCGCACGUUCGGAGAUUGACGCCCACUUGCCGGUCUACAAUCGCCUCAAGCAAUUGAUGGAGAGUCAGAGCGGCUUCCUACAAGUGCCACGCCCGGUGUGGGAGGACAUAAAUGCAUUGUGGCAGCGUUUGCAAUAUCAAAUGAACUAUUGGCUGUGGUUGUUGGAUUCAGAGUUGCCAGGCGAAUUCGGUGUGGUCGGCAAGUGGCUAGCGGACGCUGAAAAAUUACUAAUGGACAAUGAGAUACCAAGUGCCAUGAAUGAGGAGACAGCAUCGGUGAUAAGUAGAAAGCUGGAGGAGCAUAAAUUAUUCUUUGCCGAUUUGCCACGUAUAAUGGCAAUGUUUGAGAAUGCCAAGCGUUCGCCAUUGGUGCAACAAGUGCCGCUUGAGCAGUUGCGCAACAUCGAACGCCGCCUGCAAGAGGUGGCGCCCAAGGCAGCCGAACGUAGAAUACGUUUAAAGUUCCUGGAACAUAAGUGCUGUCUCAUUGCUUUCCUCAAUUUGGUUGAGAACAAAAUGAAGGGUUGGACUGGCAAGUAUGGCUAUGAAGAGAAGGCCAGCCAGCAAUUGGAGCAAUACAAGAAUUUCGUAUCGCGCAACAAAAUUUUCCAAGAGUUCCAGAAGGCAUUCGUCGUCAUGCAACAAGUGGUGGACGAAUACAAGCGUGAGGGCAAUGUGCCGCGCAAAGACAUAACGGAAAUCGAUCGCUUCAUGUACGAGACCGAGGAGCGUUGGAAGCGUGUCUCUAUGGAGCUUAAGUGCUGCCAGAACUCACUGGAAGAGGUUGUGAGCUGUUGGAAGACCUGGAACCAGUUGGCGCCCACUUGUGAAGAGUGGCUCAAUUUGGCCGAAACUAAACUAUCGCGUACCGAAGAUGAACGCUUGGAGUUCUUCCAAGACAUAACCACAUGGAAGGAUAAAUUCGAUGCACUCGCCAAUGCAGCCAAUUAUUUGAUCGCUUCGUGCGAGGAUGGCAUCGCACACAACCUGCGCCAGAAGCAUGGCAAUUUAUCGGAGCGCUUCGAGCGCCUCUUUGCCAAUACCAAGCAAUACAUGCAUGCGGGUGACAUCAUACGCGCACGCAACGAAUACAAAUCCGGCAUUGAGAAGCUCUCACAAUGGCUGCGUCAUGCCGAGCAGUUGCUCGAACAGCGCCAAAUGCUCGGCAACACUCAACAGAUUACCAAAUAUGGCGAGGAGUUGCAAAAGCUGGCUAGCGAAAUUGAUGACAACGAGGAGCUCUUCAAGACGGUCAGCCGCAGUUUCCAGGGCCUCAUUCAGGACUUACCGCGCGAUGAGGUCGACAAAAUGAUGAAAUUACUCAAGCAGGAGAAGGAGUCGUUGGUGCGCAUACGCGCGCAAAUACCAGCCAAAUUGCAUCUCUUCCACCAGCUGCUCAUACAGCAGGAGUCGCUCGAGGCGGGCCAAAAAGAGAUACAUCAAUGGCUGAACGAUGCAGAGGCGCUGCUGAGCACGCAUGCACUCUCCGGUGGACGCGAUGCCAUAAGUGAGGAGUUGAACAAACACAAGACUUUCUUCUCACGCACCGUCUACUAUCGUUCGAUGUUGGAGAGCAAAAAUAAGGUUUUCCAGAAUCUGCUGAAGUCGGUCGCCGCCGAUGACAAUAUCGACACCUCGCAAACGGCGCACAACAUGCAACAGCUGAACGAGCGCUUUAACUAUGUCAUACAGAAUGCUGAGCAGUGGGAGCAGCGCUUGAAUAAUGCCUCACGCGGUUGGCACACCUUCAAGGAGAAUGAACGCGUCGUCAGCGAAUGGCUAACGCAAGCCGAAUCUAUGCUAAUCGAAAAACACAUAGAAUCGAAGACCGUAAUCGAGACACAAAAGUACUUCUUCGAAAACGUCAACGAGCGCUGGAUGCACAAUCUGGUGGAGUCGGCGCAGGACUUGCUGAAAACGCUGCCGGCGCAAGAGCAAAAGCCUGUAGUGGAUACGGUGGAGCAGCUGCAAGCGAAGUGGCAGAACGUCUUAGCGCAAGCGCCACUGCAUUUGUUGAAGCUCGAAUUCCGUCUUGACGAAUCGGCCUUCUAUCAGACGCUGCAAGAAGUCGAAAAGGAAUUGCAUUUGGAACAACAAGCUUUGAAUCGCAACGAAGAUAUCGACUCCAUACUCAAUCGCAAUGAGCAAUUCUUCCGACAGCAGGGACCAAUACCGCAAAUUGAGAAGAGCUUGCAGAAUAUGCAUCGCAUUAGUCAAGCAUAUGGUUAUCAAAAGCCGACUGACAUCAGCCUCGGUCAGUCGUAUGACAACGCUAAGCUGCAGUGGCAGCAAUUGUCGGGCAAAAUUGGUGAUAUGCGCGAAACUCUGCAGCAAAUACCGGCACAGUGGGACAGCUAUCAUGAGAAGUUCAAGGAGAUGGUCGAGUGGAUGAAUAUUGUCGAUAAGAGUUUGAAGAAUAUUGUGAAUGAAGUGAACAGCAUGGAGGAGUUCGAGAAGGAAAAGGUGGUCUUCCAGCUCAGGGAACUUGUGAAAAUCUGCCAGGAAGCAGAUAACAAAAGGGAGGACAUGAAAUGGCUGGUGAAAACGCUAGACUCCUUACUUAGCUACGCCAGCGAAGAUGAGGCAAAUCUCGAACAGAAGAAACUCGAAGACCUAAUUGCUCGCUACAAGAACCUCAUACCAACCAUCGAGAUAACAAUGGUGAAGACGGAGGUGUUCUCCAAGUGCUACACGUAUCGCCGCGAGGUGCACGAGGUUGUCUGUCUGCUUAGCAAAGUUAAGGAGCAAGCCACCAAUAUACCACCACCAGAGAGCCUUGAACGCGUCAACAAAUUAAUUGAAGAGCAACAAUACGCCAUUAGUCAGCUUGACCAUCAACGUCCACACAUAAUGUCGAUGUUGCAGCGUGGACGUGACUUGAGCAAGGAUGUGCACGCGCCGUCGUUCGUCAAUGUCGAGGUGAAGAAUUUGGAAAGCGGCUGGAAUGAGGCAUAUACCGAAACCGCCGACAAGCUGCAGUCGCUCAAGGGCACCCAGGCUGUGUGGAAUGACUUUGUCGAUCAGAAGAACGACAUCUUCUCCAUGUUGCAGACAGCAGAGACCGAAUUGCGUGCGCUGACACCACUUCAAACCGAUCCGAAAAAUGUGAGUCAAGAUUUGCAAGCCAAACGUGAGCUGAAUGUACAACUGCAGCAAGCCUCACAUCAAUUGCUACCCAAAUUGCAUCAUCUGAAGGCUGAGCUGGCACCAUUGGCCGCUGCCGAUAAGCGUCCCAUAUUGGAGAAGGAGGUAACUGAGGUCGAGAAGAUGUUCUUCAAUACCAUGGAACAUGUGAAGGAUCGUGUCGGUUAUUUGGAGGACUACAGCGCCAAGUGGAACAACUACAAAUCGCGCCUAUCUGAAUUGCAAGAAUGGGCUAACCGUGUGGCGCCUAAGAGUAUUGAGGCUUUGCAGUCCGAAGAUCUGACACCAGAAGAGCGUGUAGUGAAGGUGAACGCUUUCAAGGGUGUUCUUGGUGAACGCAUGAAACAGCUAGACAUAUUGGCGUCGGACGCAGCCGAGCUGGCACCCAAGGAGGGCAACAUAGCCGAGGCUAAACGACUGAAGGGCGAAAUCACCAAGCUGCAAGAAGUGCUGAGCGCAAUCAAUCGCAAUGUCGAUCAUCAAGCAAAGGCUGUGAAGGAGGAUCUGGUGAACUGGCAACAGUACCAAACUGGUUUGCAGCAAAUCAAACCGAUAGUUGAGGAGUGUGAAAUCAAGGUAAAUACCAUAGUUCCUAAGCCCCUUACACUUGAAGAAGCCGUUGCAUUGCAACAAAACGCCAAACAAUUCGAAACACAAUGCCUCGAGCAGUUAGACAGGCUCCAAGGCAUUUCAAACAUUAGUCAUAAAAUGCUGUGCAAAACCAAUGCCCCUGACGAAUUAGAUGCCAUGCAUUCCCGCUGGACAUCGGUUCAUGAAAAUGCCAAGCAAGCCAGUGGUAAGCUGGAAAAACUGGUAGCCAAUUGGAAAUCGUUCGAUGCCGACGCAUCGAAACUCGAAGAUUGGGUCAACAAAGGCGAGCAGGCGCUGGGAAAACGCCCGGCUGUGCUGAACACCCCGCAUGUCGAUAAGCUCGAAAAGGAGCUUGUCAAACUCAAGUCAUUCAACAAUGAAAUUUCCGAGCAGCAAGCAAAGCUCGUCGCACUCGGCCAGUCGGCCGAUCAGAUAAGCUUGCAUUUGGCGCCAGAGGGCGCUGUUGCGCUUAAAGAACGCGUAAACGGCAUGAAAGCUAAGCUGCAGAAGUUGUCCGAGGCGACACGCGCCAACAUCAACGAAGUGUCCGAUGCAAUUAUAGCGCGCCAAGAUUUCAAUGCCAAAAUGGUGAACUUCUCCAAUUGGAUGGAUCAGCUGCGCAACCAAGUGGCGCAAGUCGAAGAGAUUAAUCCAGAACGUGUGGAGACUAGCUUGCACGUCAUACAUGCCUUGAUGCAAGAACAUGCCGACAAGAAGCCCAGCUUCAAUGCAAUUUACGAUGAAGUUAAACAACUCUCGCUUUCCGCACCAGCCGAGGAGGCAAAGACGCUAAAUGACGCCUACACUUCGCUGGUUAUUAACUAUCAGAAUCUUGAAACCAAUUUGCAACAAAAGAAGAAUGCGCUCGAGAAGUGGACAGAGAUAUUGGGCUGGAAAAAUGAGACCGAAAGUCAUUUGAAUUACUUGAAACACCAGCUGGAGAAGCCCGAAGGCCCGAAGCCCGUGGAGCUUAACAAGAUCAUCAACGAGAUCGACACGAUAGGCAGCUCGGUGAGCUACUGGAAAGCGCAAGCCAAGGAGAUCGAUGAAAACCCAGCCAUACAACUGCGUGACGCUUUGUCGCGCAAGCCGCUGAUUGCUACACAGAUUGUCAAUGAUGUUGAAAACAAGUUGGACAAUUUGAGGUUACGUUCGCAGGCACAAAAACAACAGGCCGAACAGAUGAAUGUACGAAAAGAGAAAUUCCAAACGCUUGGCCAAAACUUCGGUCAGGCGCUGAUCGAUAAUCGCGCCAAACUGCAUAGCAUACUGCAACAGAAGCCCGGUUUGCAUAAUAUUGAUCAAAUUAUAGCCGACUUGGUGGCACUCAACGAAGUUAUCAAGGGACAAGCCGAACUGAAGGAUCGUUUGCAUGAUGAGGGUUCCUUACUGAUGCGUGAAGAUAUCGGCAGUAUGCCGGCCAUACAAGAAAGUCUUUUGUUCUUCGACAAAGACUAUGACACGCUGCAAAACGAGAUUGCUGAGCGCAUACAGAAGUAUAAUUUGAUCAGCCAGGCGCUGCGCGAGUACGCCGACACCAAGGAUAAGUUUGCGAAGGAACUCAAGAAGGCUGAAGAUCUUUUCAAUGCCAUACCACAGCAACCACGCGAUGAAGUCGAGUUGCAACAAGCCGCGGAAAAGACACGCAAGACAAUGGAGCAAAUACGCAAGUCCAAGACGAAUCUGGACGACCUCGAACGUCGCGGCAAUAAUGUGGCGAAGUUAUUUGAUGCCAUCGGUGAAGUUGUGCCACAAGAAAUUGCUAACGAUGUGAAGGCAGCCAAGCAGCAAUGGCAAGAUUUGCACGACAAGACGGCAAAGAAUGCACAUAUGUAUGAAACAGAGGCUGUCAUCUGGUCGCAAAUCGAAGACGCUAAGAAGGAGCUACUACCCUGGUUGACUGAGACAAAUCAAGGUCUCUGUGAUGCUGCCGAUAAUUCAAUAGAAAUUGAGUUCGGUCCUAUGCGUUUGACAAAGUUCCGCGCCGAACUGCCCUCUUAUCAGGUAUUGAAAAAUACCAUCGCGGAGAAGAGUCGCGAGCUUGUGAACGUCAAUAAUGGUGUUGAAAUUCCAGCACUUACUGAGCUGAACAAACUGCUGACGGCACAAUUCCAGGAGGUAGAUUCGAAUGCUGCGCGUCUGGAAGCAGUCACUUCCACCUUCAAUGAGCAGGAGCAAGACUUGCGCAAAAAGAUCAAGAACGCCGGUGAGCAAGUGAAUAAGCUGCGUGAGCAGCUCAUCAAAUGCGAUGACAUGUCCGGCGAGCCGAGCAAAAUCAUGGAGCGACUGCUGACAUGCCGCGAGCUGCGCGCCGAACUGGACAACAGCGCAAACGAGAUUGACAAUAUCAAGCAACGCAUCGACGAGAUGCGUGCGCAGUAUCCAACAUUCAGCGAAUCAAUCAUACCCAAGGAAUUGAACAAUGUGCAGAAACGAUUUGAGGCUGUCGAUACACAUGCAAAAAAGAUCGAGUCCUCACUGCUUCAAUUCCUCAAGAAAUUCCAUGCCGACAAGGUGGGCAUGCUGAAGCGCAUAAUCGCCACGCAGCGCGAGAAGGUGGCUUGGUGCCAGCCUGAGUCGACAAGUGACAAAUACAAUCUGGACGUUAAGCGUUCUUCACUGCUGGAGGUCAGCAAGGCAAUUGACGAUUGCCACAAGCGUAAUGCGGAAAUUGGCAAAUCCUUAGCGUUGCUGCAAGCCGUCGAAUCACCACAAAACCUCAAGGAUUUGCAAAAGGAUGCAGAGCUGUUGAAUGGUGAAAUGAAGGCGCUUCAAGACAAUUUCGACAAAAUCAAGAAUGUGCUGGAUGAAAAUGUAGACUUAUGGUCACAAUAUGAGCAAGCGAAUGAGGAGCUCUCCUCGUGGCUGCGCGACAUUGAAGGGCGCAUCAAAGCCGAAACGAGCAAUCAAGUUAGUGUACCAGACAUCGCAAACAAAUUGCAGGAGCUUGCGCUAUUGCAACAAGACAUAAAAGCGCAUGAACCGAUAAUGCAGAACUUAGAGAAGACAUCACAGUCGCUGAUGGCAAAGAACCCUGAAGCACGCAUUGGACAGUUUGUGACACAUCUGCUGCAGCGCUACCAAACUGUGGCGAAGAGUUUAGACAGCUACAUCGAUAAGGUGCAUAAUGCACAACGCGCCAAUAGCGACUUCGUGACAGCCGCAAAAGAUUUCAACGACUGGCUGUCCGAUGCCAAGAUUGAGUUCCAAGAGUUGGCGCGCAUGGGUUCGCCCGGUUCGUCCUCGGCCACCGCGCAGCAAUUGCAAACUGUUAAGAACUACCUGAAGACGUUCGACAAUGGCCAGCUACUGCUGAAUAAUGCCGUUGAUAUUGGUGAAGCGCUAUAUCCCGUUGUGACGCCUGAGUAUCGUGAGAAGAUACGCGCCGAGCUACGUGGCAUACGCGAAAACUACGACUACUUGCGCGACGAAGCCAACGCGCUCUUACAACAGAUUGAGGCAGUCUUGAUACAGAAGACAUCCAUCGAGGAGAGUUAUACGCAAGUGUCGCACUACCUCAACGAUUCUAAGGCCAAAGUGGCCGCAGCCGAUGAACUCUACCCCACGCUGGCUGCCAAGAAGAGCGCCUUGCAGAACUACAAGACACAGCUGCAAGAGAUUACAUUGCAUAAAAAUGCGCUGAAGCAGCUACACGACAAAGCUGUGACGCUUUGCGACGACGAAUCUGAGCGUAAGACCGAAGAGUCGAUUGAAGAAUACAAUGGCUUGUCCAAGAAAAUCGCCGAACGCAUCAAUGUUGUAGGUGACCAAGUGGUCAAGCAUGAGGCAUACGAUCAGGUGCUGGAGAAGGCACAAGAUUGGCUGAACACCAUCAAGUCAGAGGCUAUAGACAUUUUGAAUGAGACCACAUUUGAGAAGGAAGGCGCUGAAGAAAAGUUGACUGUGGUUGAGAAUCUGCUGCAGCACAAACCCGAAGGCGACUCGAUAUUCGACACAUGUCAGCAGCUACUACAAACUGUGCUCACACAAACACAUCCAAGCGGACAUCCAGCUUUGUUGCGUAGCUUUGAAGAACCAAAGAAGUCAUGGGAUGAAUUUAUGACGCUGUGUCAAGAUUCGCUCGUCAAACUGAAGCAGCUUUGCUCGAAAUGGGAUGAGUUUGAAUCUAUUAUCGACGAGAUUGACAACUGGAUGAAAGAUGUUGAGAACGUUGUAAAGAAUCAGAGUCUAAAGAGCACGGCUGGCACAAAGAAAGCGCAUUUGGCACAGCUGCAAAAGAUUGCCAAGGAUAUCGAUCAACGCGCUUUGUCCAUCAACGAUCUACUCGACCAGGGUCGUGAGAUCGAGGGUGAAACCGAUUUGAACCUGAAAUUGUCGCGCAUCAACACACGCUAUCAGACUUUGAAAAACCUCUGCAAGGAGUCCAUUGCGAAGUACGCCAACUACGCCAAAGACCAUGAAACCUUCGAUGCCGACUAUGAAGUGUUCAAGAAGGAUCUACAGGAAUGCAUUGAAAAUCUGGCGCAAAACGCCGAAAUUGUUGGCGAUCAGAACAUUUUGCAAGAACAUCAAAACAAACUGCGCGAAAUGGCUGAUAAACGUAUCAACGACUCAACAGCCUUUGAGAGUUUGAUCGACCGCGGUGAGAAGCUCUACGGACACACCAGUCCCGACGGACGUGAGAUCAUACGCCAACAGUUGCGCACGCUGCGCACCAUGUGGGACAACUACUCCGAUGAUCUGAAUGCGGCUACGCAAAAGAUCGAUCACUGUCUGCAACAGUUCAACGAUUUCAAUAUCGCCAAGGAUCAGUUGACCAAGUGGCUGAAAGAUGUUGACAAGGCGAUGCAGAGUCACACGGAACCGAAGACUACGCUGCAAGAGAAGCGCGCACAAUUGCAGAAUCACAAGUUGCUCCAUCAGGAAAUCACGACACACAACGUUUUGGUGGACAACGUCUGCGACAAGGCGCAGGUGCUGAUCGACCAGAUCAAGGACAAUACGCUGAAUGUCUAUCUGCAGUCCAUCAAGCAGCUGUUCAACAGCAUUGUGCAGAAAUCUGAAGAGAUACUAAACAAUUUAGACAAGUGUGUGGUGGACCAUACAGACCUAAACAACCAAAUUGCAGCCGCAAAGACUUGGAUCUCUGGCGAAAAGGAGAAAUUGUUGGAAUGCGAUGACGCUUAUGGCGAAAAGGCUGACAUCAAACGCAAGAUAGAGACACUGGUGCAGCUGGCUCAAAGUAAACCGCACGCGCAAAAGUUAAUCGCGGAAAUACGUGAACAGUACGAGAAGGUGAAAGCGACCACUUCGGAAAGAGGUAACGAGAUACUUGAAAAAGAGAUCGAUGAGCUGGAAACUACAGUCAAAAGUCACUUCGAUGAUAUCGAAGGCAUCGAAGGUAAGCAAAAGGAUGUACUACAACAAUGGAAUGACUUCGAGCGCAAACUUGAAGAGCUCACUAAGUGGUGUCGACAGGCGGAAGGCGUCUUCCGCGAACAGCAACUGAAGUCCACAUUGCACGAGAAGGUGGAACAGUUGGAGAAAUACAAAAUCCAACGCGAUCUCAUCUUGCAGAAGGAGAAAGAGAUUGACGCAUUCGCUGAUGCGGCGCAUGCUCUAUUGAACAACUGUGGCGCGGAACGUCUCAAGACGCUCACUACACAGAUCACCAACCGCUACCAGCUACUGCAAGUGCUGAGCAAAGAGGUCGUCAAUCGCUGGUCGAACUUGGUGGACGAUCAUCAGAUCUAUCAAGACAAGUACAACGAAGUUGAUUUGUGGUUGCAGCCGAUUGAGCAACAAUUGGACAACGCUUUGAAGAAUGAACCCUCUCAAGCUGCAAACAUCUUGCAAGUUCUACUCUCUGAGCGCGAACAAGCUGAAGCGCUCUUUAGUGCGCUGAAUGCAGCCGGUGAAAAGGCGUUGCCUGAAACCUCCACUGAGGGACGCGAGAAGAUACGCAAAGACUUGCGUGACAUACACGAACGCUGGGAUAAAUUAGACGAAGGCAUACGCAAUCUGCAGAAGCGACAAGAAGCACAAAGUGUGCAACUAUCGAGUUAUCAGGACAUACUCGGACAGACGCUCAACUGGUUGGACCAGGUAGAAAAAGUGUUACAAAAUGAAAAUCCCAGCACUUGGACCAGCGCGCAGGAAAUACGCUCGAAAUUGUACAAGUACAAAGCCACUACGCAGGAUAUCAAUUCGCACAAACGCAUCAUUGAGGCUGUGAAUGAAAAGGCUGCUGCACUCUUGGAUGGCAGUGCGCCCACAAAUGUCGAUGGAAUCAAGGGCGCCAUUGCUGAUGUUAACAAACGGUAUGAAAAAGUUGCUGUCGAUUGCGCCACACUGCUUGGCCAACUCGAAGAGGCAUUCGAAGUGUAUCAGCAGUUCAGCGAAUUGCAAAAAGCGCAACAAGAUUAUCAAAAGAAUCUGUGGGACCGGCUGACCGGCUACUCAGAUUACUCCGGCAACAAGCCAGCCUUACAAGCGCGCCUAAAUAAAAUAUCCGAAAUACAAGAUGCCUUACCCGAGGGCGUUUCUAAACUGCGAAACCUCUCCGCGCACAUUGACGAGAAAGCCAAGUUGCUGCCAGCGCGCUCGAAGGAGGCAAUGUCGCGUGACUUAGCCAACUUGCACGCCGACUUCGAUAAGUUUAGCGCUGCGCUAAGCGAUGUGAAGAGUGGCUUGGAGAAUCGCCUGCAACAAUGGAGUGACUACGAACUCAACUUGGAUCGGCUGAUCAACUGGCUGAGCGAAGCUGAGAAUGCGCUCAAGAAUUACAAUCCCAAGUCGACAAUGGAGGAGAAGGAAGAGCAGUUGAAUCGUUUCCAAUCGUUGAUGCAGAAUUUGCGUCAAAACGAAAUCGAGUUUGAAAAAAUGAAAGACGACUCAUCGGAGCUGAUUCAAAGUUCGGGUGAGACCAGAAUCGCCGUUAAUGUACAACAAGUUACUUCACGCUUCCAGUCGAUACAAGCGACCACUAAGGAGAUACUCAAGAAAUGCGAACAAUCUGUGUACGAACAUCAACAAUUCAAUGAGAAGUACAAGCAAUGCGCUAAUUUCUUGGCAAAUGCGCAAGCAAAGUAUGACGACUCCAGCGAUCUCUCGCAAGUGGGUUCGCGCGAUGAUUUACUUAAAAAGCAAACUGCAAUCCAAGAGUUAUUGGCACAGCAGCCCAAUGCUUUACUGAUAUUGAACAGCACCAUCGAAGCGGGUGAGAAGUGCUAUGCGUCCACGGCCACAGAAGGACGUGAAGCCAUACGCGUGCAGCUGUCCGAAUUGCAAGAGGCCUUCGACAAGCUUUACGACAAUGUGACAAUCACCUCCAGAAAGAUACAAGACAAAAUGUCCAAAUGGUCUGGUUUCGACGAAAUUGCCGAGAAAUUGCAGACUUGGUUGGCUGAAGUCGAGAAGACGCUGCCAGCUGAGAUCGAAUUGAAAACCACUUUGGAUGAGAAACGUGCAAAACUGCAAUCCUACCGCGAUGUGCUCAACGACCUCAAUAAUCACCAAGUUGAGGUGAAGAAUCUGCAAGAAAUUGCUAGCAACUUGCCAGAGAAGAACGAUCAUGUCGAUCAAAUAACUAAAGAGAUUGCUGAGCAAUUCGGCAAAUUGCACAAGCGCGCGCAGAACUUCGUCGAGCGCUACGAGGCUAUUGUGAGCGAUCACCAGCAGUACACUAAGGCCGUGAUGGAGGCACAAGAGUACAUCGAGGCCACGCACAACACCAUUGAUUACUGGGGCGAUUUGGAUUUGGAACAGGUGUCGUUGCAUACAAACUUGGACCGCUUGAAGAAUCUGAAGGACAGCUUGGCUGAUGAGUUCCCGCGUGUGGAUCAAGUGCGGGCCUUGGGUGAGAAGGUCAUACCAGGAACAGUCGAAAGUGGACAGACGAAUAUCAAGUCACAAAUCGACACUACCCAACAAGAGUGGGAAGGCCUUAUCGCCGCCAUCACGUCGACAAUUGAAGCUAUCGAGAAUAGGCUGCAACAAUGGGCGGAAUAUGAGCAGCUACGCGAUCAGUGCUUGGCUUGGAUACGCGAAUCUGACAACAAGCUGCACGCCAUUGACUUGAAGCCCACGCUAAAUGACAAGAAGGCGCAAUUGGAGGCGCUGAAGAAUCUGCAGGGUGAGAUGCGCGCCAAGGAGCUGGAAAUUGACAGUGUUUCCGAGAAAGGCCAAACGUUGCUUAAAGGCGCGUCCAGCAUGCGCUCUUCGGGCCCAGAACUAACGACGAAAUAUCAGCAGAUCUUCCAUAAAGUGAAAGAACUCAACAACCGCUGGCAACAGUAUGUUACUUCGCAUCAAGAAUUCGACAAUGCCGUCUCUGAGUGCGGCACCUGGAUCAAUGGCAUCAAAGAUAAAUUGGACUACUGCGCCGAUAUGUCCUCCAUGAGUCAGAAGGAGUUGGAUAAGAAAUUAGCAACCAUACAGGACAUCAUACUACUAAAGGAUGAGGGCUCCGCGAAAGUACUCAGCAUUGUUGAGUUGGCGCAGAACGUGCUGGCCAAUACAGCACCAACCGGCCACGAAGCGAUCAACAAAAAGUUGGCAGAUCUGCAAGAGCUGUGGUCGAAUAUUGCAUUGCGUAUUAUCGACGUGAAAGCCACACUCGAUGACUCGAUUACACAGUGGUCCGGUUUUCUGGAACAGGUACAAAACGUACGCAAAUUCAACGAAUGGCUGGAGAAUGUGCUCAAAGAGCUUGCUGAACAUCAAACCACAAUGCCUGAGAAGCGCGCACAGCUCGAUCGCGUGAAGGCCACCGAAGAGAAGGUGCGCAUGGAGAAGAUUGAUGUGGAUGCAUUGAAAGUGCAGGCAAGAGAAAUGAUUGCUAGCGGCCAACAAAGUCAGGCCGCCUACCAAGCACAAAAGGUGCUCGACACUUUCGAUGAACUCUGUGCGCGCAUACAGAAGCUGCUCUCCGAUCGCCAUGAUCAGUACAGAGAUCACAGGCUCUACAAGGAAGCCUAUGACGAUCUGGUAAGUUGGAUAAGUCGCGCGCGCGAGAAAUUCCCCUCCCUUAAGCAGAGCAGCCUCAGCGACAAGCUGGCUAUUGAAAAUUUAGUGCAGGCCACUGAAGCUAUGCUGAAUAAGCAGGCGCAGGGUGAAUUAUUAGUGGAACAUUUGGUGCACACUGGCGAGGUUGUGCUAACCAGCACGUCGCCGCAGGGUCAAGAGAUCAUACGCAACGAUAUACGCGCUCUUCGCGACAGCUUCGAGUCGCUCUUCCGUGAGAUCAACCAGCAGAAGGAGAGCUUGGAGGUGACUAUGACGCAGUGGCGUGCUUACAAAGACGAAUACGAGCGCCUAAUCGAAUGGCUGCAACAAAUUGAUAUAUUGGUCAAGAAUCACAAACUAAACUUGUCACCCAGCUAUCCGGAAAAAGAGAAACAGGUGGCGGAUAUGCAAGAUGUUAUGUCGCGCCUGGAAAAGGGCAAAGAUGAUAUCGAUAAAUUCAAUGCCUCCUCCGCGGGCCUACUAAAAUCUCACUUGGAGUCUUAUGUGACGAACCAACUGCGCCAUUUGAACUCAAUGUACCAGGUGCAAGUAAAUCUUGCUAAGGAUGUGCUAAAGAAGGUUGAAACUAACCGUGAUCAACAUCGUGAAUACAACGCUAACUUGAAGGCAGCGCAGGAUUGGAUUGAUUCAGCGAAGGAAACCAUACGCGAGGCUAGUGACUCUUCUAGCGCUGGCUCGAAAGAGCUGCUGCAAAAGCGCUUGGAGAAGAUUCAACAGCUGAUUAGUAAUCGUGAAGUGGGACAGAACUUGGUACACACAACGAUCAACAACGGUGAGAAGGUGGUAAGAAACACGCGCUCCGAUGGACGUGAUGCCAUCAACAAUGAAAUGAAGGAGCUGCAGAAUGACUGGGACAGGCUGGUGAAGAAAAUGUCCACUGCUAAGGUGCAGUUGGAGACAAACCUGUUACAAUGGGCCGACUAUAGCUCGAGCUACUCACAAUUGCAACAAUGGAUUAGCGAUCGCGAGUCCAAGUUGCAACAGGCAUGCGAGCAGAAGAUUGUAAAAUCGAAGCGCGGCCAACCUGGUUUAACAUCGGGCUUGAGCGAGCGUAAAGCUAAUUUGCGUCAGACCAACAAUAUUGUGCAGGAUAUAGUCUCCUUUGAACCGAUGAUACAAUCGGUUGCCUCGAAGGCGUCCGACCUACAACAGGGAGCGCCAGCCUCCGAGAUAUCGUACAAGUAUGAGACUCUCACAAAGCAGGCCAAGGACUUGUAUGAGAAGCAAAAGAAUACAAUCGACCAAUACCAAUCGCUCAUUGAUGCAGGCAACGAGUUCGCUGCUUGGCUGCGCAGUGCCAAAGAGCGCCUCAGCAAGUGUUCCGAGCCCACAGGCGAUAAGCAAGCGCUGGCCGAGAAGACACAUCAGCUGAAGAUAUUGCAAAGUGAGGUGCCUGAGGGGCAAAAGAAGCUGGAAGCGGUGCUGACGCAAGGCGAAAUCGCUUGCCACAAUGCCGAGCCCGAGGAUCGUGAGAUCAUUGAAGAGGAAGUGGCGCUGUUGCAAGAGGAGUUCGACGCCUACGUAGAGGCGUUGAAGAAGGCCAAGGACUACUUGGAGGUUGGCAUUGUCAAGUGGUCAGAUUACCAAGAUCAAUAUACCGAAGCGCUGGAAUGGCUCACGAAGACAGAAGCAUUGGUGCAGUCAUACAACAAAUUGCAGGAUAGCUUGGCGCGCAAAAAGGUGGUACUGGAAGAGUUCCAAGGUCACUUGCAGACACUGUUCGAUUGGCAGAAAACACUUGAUCAUUUGAAUAUGAAAGCGCAGAUGCUGCUGGAAACCUGCUCCGACACGCGUGUCAGCAACGCCAUCAUGCAGUUGACAACCAAGUACAACACGCUGCUAACGCUGGCCAAGGAAGUUAUGCGUCGGCUGGAGUUGCACUACCAAGAGCACCAACAGCACCGCACCCUGUACGAGGAAUGCCAGUCGUGGAUUGAGAGCACACGCGAAAAGCUCGCCGAUUGCGCACAGAUACCGGGCACUUUGAAUGAGGUGCAAAUCAAGCUGAGCACUGUUAAGAACUUGCGUCAAGGUUUUGAGUCUGGGCAGAAUAAGCUACGCUAUUUGCUGGAGCUCAAAGAGAAGGUGAUUAUGAAUACCGAACAGAGUGGCGCCACCAAGGUGCAAGAAGACACCGACGCUUUGAAGCAAGACUUCGACCAAUUGCUGAUUGACAUGAACGAUGUGCGCCAAAAAUUGGCGAAUCGCCUAGCGCAAUUAGAAGAGGUUUACAAAUUGCAUAAGCUGCUCACCGAAUGGCUGGAGGACAUAGAGCCCAGCGUCAAGGCGAGCGAUGACUUCUUGAAUGAUUUAAGCGAAAAACGCGCCGCGCUGGAGAAAUUCCGCGCCAUACAACGGGACAUCAACGGCCAUAACGACAUUGUCGAGAAGAUCAAUGCGCGCUUGAAUGAAGACAACAGUCUGGACCCGAACGAUUUCCGUGAAGGUCUCAAUAAAUACGAAAACUUGCAGGAGACUGUUGGCAAGAUUAUCGAAUCACUCGAGAACCAGGUGAACAAUCACGACAAAUACAAGCAGGCAUUCAAUGAAAUACAAGAUUGGCUACGCCGCACACGUAUCGAAAUCGAACAGUGCGCCGAUUGCCAUGGCGAGAAGGUGCAAGUUGAAGAUCGCCUCAAUAAGUUGGGUGAUAUUGGCGCUUCAAUGGUGGAAGGCAAAUCAAUGCUCGAUGCCUGCGAUGAGCUGAGUCAAGCUGUUAUUGCGACCAGCGGUAGUGAGGGACAAGAUGCGGUGUCGCAGGAAGUUAAACAACUUGUCGCCGAAUGGGAAGCGCUGCAAGCGAUGUUGCGUGAUGCGCGCGCCAAUUUGGAGAGUUGCCUUUCACAGUGGAAUACGUUCUUGCAGAAUUUCAAUAAAAUCAACAAAUGGAUUGAUGAUAUUAGCAAGCGCGUGGCUGCCGCCGCCGAAGCUGAGAAUAAAACACCCGACGACUUGGCAUAUGCCAAGAAUUUGUUGGAAGAAGUUUUGGCGGAAAAAGACAAUGUGGAGGACUUGAAUGACGCUUGUGAAUUGCUUAUGGAACAAAGCGCCUGCACGCGCGUUCGCGAUCAGACUGUCGAAACACAGGCCAACUACACCAAAUUGCUGACAUCAGCACAAGGCCUUGUUUCCAAGAUUGAAAAGAAUCUAUCUGAUCACACCGAAUUCCUGAACUACAAGAAGGAAAUGGACGCCUGGAUUGAGAAAGCCCAACAGAUAUUGGAUGGCUGCACUGCAGAUGGUGAUGUUAGCGAAAUAGCCCAACAAUUGGAGACUGUCAAUUCGCUUGCAUCUCGGCUUCCCGAAGGCCAACACCUUCUCGGCAUGGUACAAGAUGCCUACACGAAAGCUUCGAAUGUGACACCCGAAGGCAAGCAAGAGAUUUUGCGCGACCUAAUGACCAAAGUGCGUGAGGACUGGGAUGCUUUGGGCCUGGCUGUCAAGCAGAAGUUGACCGACCUGAAACAAGCACAAAAUCGCUGGUCAGACUUCGCCAACAAUCGCGAUAAGCUCGAGAAGUGGCUAACUGAUACAGAAAAGACACUCAAAACCGCACCCGAUACUAAGGGUGAAUUGAGCGAAAUGAAGACGCUGCUCGAACGCUACAAAACGCUGCAGAAUGAAAUUAAGCAGAAAGGUGGCGAAAUUGAAAAUCUGUUGGGCGAAGCUAAAGGUUUGGGCACUGAAGUGGACGCUGUGCAUCAAAAACAGGCGCGCUGGGAGAAGGUGAAGAACGAUUGCGCUGCCUACAUUAAGGGUCUGGAGAACGAAAUGGCCGACUAUAAUGCCUAUCAUCAGAGCUUGCAGGACAUUGAAAAAUGGUUGCUGCAAAUUUCCUUCCAGUUGAUGGCACACAAUUCGCUCUUCAUUUCGAAUCGUGAACAGACCGAGGAACAAAUCAAGCAACAUGAAGCUUUGUUAGAUGAAAUACAAAAAUACCAAGCCAACUUGGAUGAUUUGAAUGCGAAGGGACAGGCGCAAAUUAAACGUUACGCCCCAACGACCCCAGCCAUACGCGAUACGGUCGAAGAACAAUUGAAGAAUAUUCAGGAAAGCUACAAUUCAUUGUUGCAAACUUCUGUACAAAUCAAGAAUCGCUUGCACGAAUCGUUGGCCAAGUUCAAGGAGUAUGAGGAUACAUUGGACAGCAUUAUGCGCAAUCUGGAGGCCUAUGAACCGGUUAUACAGAAUGAGCUUGAUGCGCCGGCAACCAGCUUGGAAAUUGCGCAACAACAAUUGAAGUGUGCUCAGGACCUACAAAACAAGCUGAACAACGAAAAGUCGCGUCUUGCAGCUGCUGUACAAGCCUGCGAAGCAGCCACUGCUUCCAUCAGUCGCCCCAGCUCACCGCUGGAGACUGCCAUGCAAGCCAUACCCGAACGUGAGCUUAUUGUGCGCGCAAAACUGGAAGAUUUGCUGGAUCAGAUGCCGAGCAACCAAGAAGUAUUGCACUCAAGCAACAUCACCGCUAAGGCUGUUAGCGAUGUUGAACUACAAGAGACUAAUAACGCUCCGCAUGAUCCAGCUGCUCAAGAGCGUUUAAAUAGAAAAUUAUCACGCUCUAAUAGCGAGCGUGUAAUCAAGCUUAAUACAUUAAUCACUAAGGUACAAUCCCACUUGGGUGGAUUGACCGCUUCAGUGAGUGAGUUAGAGCAACAACAGAAACAGCGCGCUGAGCUUCAAGAUUGGGUUAAGAGGCAGCAAUCAACGGUUAGCGAUUGGCUAACACGACCAUGCAAGUUGCGUCCCGAAGCAGCCAAGCAGGAAUUGGUUGCCAUGAAUGAUUUGUUGAACUCCAUUGGAGACAAGCGUUCACAGCUGAUGUUGGAAAUGACUGGAUCAUUGGCCGAAGAAGACACCGAUCUCGACGAUAACCUCGACAAGCUCGAGUCCGAGCUGAUGGAUGCUAUCGCCAAGAAACAAGCUGGCCAAAACGAUAUCGAUAGUUACCGUCAAGGUGUGCAAGAUGUACAGAACUGGUUUGACUCGCUCAUCAAGCGUAUGGAUGUGCUGGACAAGGGUUCUGGUUUGAAUUGUGGCCAAAAGGUGGCUGCCAUCAACGAAAUCAAGAAGGAAUUCGAAGAUCAAGGUCCCAACAAAAUACAAGAGUUGAAGGGCAAGGCAGCGCAGGUAGCUGAAGCGAUUAGCAAUUUGGAUGGCCAACAGGUGGAAGAGCAAAUGAAAUCAUUGGAUCGUCGUUAUGCUGAUCUUGGCAAACGCAUCGAUCGCAAGGCACAACUGCUGGAUGUCACCAAUAAGGGCGUUGAUGGCGCUAAAAGCGAAAUCGAACAGCUACACAACUGGGUCAAAGACAAGAUACAAGAGCUACAAACACCCACGGCCAUGGGUUAUGAACCCAAAGCUGCAGAAUCGCGCCAACAGGCAAUCAAGGGCAUUAUGAAGGAAGCUGAGGCGAAGAAAUCGCAGGCUGAUGCUUUGGAGAAACGCAUUGCCAAUAUGAAACCCGAACUGGAACCUGUCGAAUACGCGCAACUUGAGUCUGCCUUGCGACAGUUGAACUCCGAGCAAAAGAAUCUCUCCGAGGUGUUGAAGAGCGAGUUGGAACGCGCAUUGGAUGCGUCCAAGGCACGCAAGGCGCUCGAGGUUGAUUUGGAGAAGGCGCGCGCUUGGCUGAAGUCGAAGAUUGCCGAAGUGCGUAAAUUGCCGGUGUACCAUCCACUGCCAGCGGCUGAAAUCGAAAAGCAAAUACAAGAGAACAAGAAGUACGACGAUGAAGCCAAACAAUUCAACGAUUCCGUGUUGAGUGAUGUACAGCGGCAAGCGGCAAAUAUAAUGAAGGACUGCCCGGAGGCGGAUAGAGUAGCUUUGCAGAAAAUACUCGACGAAAUCGCCGCCGACUAUCAAACGCUGAAAGAUGAGAGUGGUAAGCGUGCCAACGCUUUGAGUGAUCUGCUGCAAGGACGCAAGUCCUUCGAGGACGCCAUGAAGAACAUGGGCGAUUGGUUGAGUGAAAUUGAAACGGCAACAGCUGGUGAGUUACGCACCACCAGUGUGCCAGUCUUGGAAGAGCAAAUGGCGCACUACAAGAAAUUGCUGGAUGCUGCUGAGGGCAAGGCUGGCUUGUUGAAUAAUGUUGCCGAUCAGGGCAAGGCCAUAUUGCCCACGCUCAGCAAUCCUGACAAACUGAAGCUGAAUGACGACAUCAAGAACUUGAAAGAUCGUUAUGGCAAAGUAACACAGCAUAUUAAGGAUCGUGUCAGCACGCUUGCGGAUCAUAUCAAGAAAUACAAGGAUGCCAAGGCCAAAUUGGCUGAUUGCAUGCAAUUCCUCAAUGCCAUACAGCAACGCUUGCGCGAGUUGAAUAAACCAAUCGGUGCAAAGAUCGAAGACGUUCAAGAUUUGCUCGGCGCCUAUGAGGGUAUACUCAAGGAGCUGAAGGAUAGCAAGAGCAAGAUGGGCGACAUACAAAUGGAUGACUUGCCAGAGUUGCAGAGCAUAUUGCAGCAACAGGACGAUAUGAUCAAAUUGAUUGAAGAUCAAUUGGCGCACCUGCGUCAACUGCUGCUACUGCGUGAGCAGUUCAUAGCGCUGAUCAAUGAGAUUAUCGCCUUCAUUAUGAAGUACACAGAUGUUAUAAUCGACAUAGAGAAUUCGCCCGACAGCUUGGAGGACAAAAUCAACAAGUACGAUGAUGUCAUCGUCAAGAUCCAGGAAUGUGAGGGUCUACUCGCUUCCGCUAGCGAUAAGGGACAGAAAAUUGCCUCCGAGGGCUCAGCUGCCGAUAAGAAUAGCAUUACUGAACAGCUGCAGUCGCUGAAGAAUCAAUUGCAGAAUCUGCGCAAGGCUGUCGAGUCACAGCGGCAGAAGCAUCAAGUGCAGCUGGAACACCAUCGCAAAAUGGCUGCCGAACUCUCGGAAAUACUCGAUUGGUUGCACAAUAAUGAGGCGUCUGCCAAGUCACGUCCGCUGUUGGAUCGCGACCCCGAGUCGGUGGAACAUGAAAUCCAAAAACAUCAUAAGCUGCGCAAUGAAAUUCAGUCAUAUCUCGAUAAAUUCAACAAAAUCAAUGACAGCGUCAAAACCGAGGUGGGCAUGCCCGGCUCAUUGGUGGAAAUGCUUUCCGAAGGUCGUUCGUUGGUCUCCUCACUGCCACAAGAGCUUGAAGAUCGCGAAAAGUACUUGAUCAAUAAUCGCGAUUCACGUCUUGAAUACAUGAAAUUGGUUGCGAAGUUCAACGACUGGGUGCACGAAGCUGAGACACGUCUUCAGAAUAGUCAACAUGGCAUCGAUUAUGAAAAUCUCGUACAAGACUUGGAGGAGCACAAACUCUUCUUCGGCAAUGAGACCCCAAUCAAAAAUUUGGUGCAUAAACAAAUUCAAGAAGCAGCCGAUAAAAUCUGGCCGUCUCUGAGCAAUUUCGAACAGUCGGAAUUGUCACGCGAAUUGGCACAAUAUCAAACGAAAUUAGCAAACACUUUUGCGUUGGCGAAAUCACAGCAAGGCGAAUUGGAGAAGGAGGUCGAGCGUUGGCGUGAAUAUCAACAAUCGGUGGAACGCGUUAAGGCCACCAUUGAACGCAGUAAAUUCAGCGAUGAACCAGUGCAGAAUUUGGCCGGUCUUCACUUCAACAUACAGAAGUUGACACACGCCAUUGGCAAUGUGCAGAGUCAAACGAGUGACAUCACACUCGCCAAUCAGCAAGCACAAGGACUUAUACGUCAAGCGGACGCUCGUAAUCGUCAGCUGAUUGAACAGGAUAACGCUGCAUUGAAUCGUUUGUGGAACGAAUUGAUUAAAGGUCUGGAGACACGUCGCGAUUCAUUGCAAAGUAUUGCCGAACGUUGGGACGAUUUUGAGAAUCGCUUGCAUAGCUGGGAGAAGGCAAUUAGCCGUUUGGAAGAUAAAUUCCGCAAUGUCGACCCAGUAGUUAGGUCGCGUCGUCAUUUGGAAGAUACGAAGAAUGCCAUCCAGGAAAUACUCGCCGAAUCUGAAGAACUUAAAUCAUCACAUAAAGAGAUUGAGACGCUCUCAAAAUCAAUCGUCACAUUCCUUGGGGAAGUUCACCAACCCACAUCGCAGGCCCUACAGGCCAAAGUGGAUAACUUAGUACAGCAGCAAACAAAAUUAAACGACACCCUACGCGAAAAGGAUCGUCAGGUUGGCAAGGAUCUCGAGGAGAUCGAACAGGUCUUCCAUAGCAUCUCGGAGCUGCAAGAUAAAUUCAACGCUCUACUCGAGCAGAUACAAGAAGUGCACGCCUACGACGAACAUAUCGAAGCCAUUGAAAAGUCGCUCAACAAUUUGCAACAACAAGUUGGUAAGACAGUUGAGGCCAGCACCCAACUGAUCGCCAACACCAAGGAACACUAUCUGAGCAAACAAAAUUUGGUACCAAGUGAUAUUGCACAGGAGUUUACAGCAUUAGAGUUGCUCUCCGAGCGUGUACAGGGCGCCAUGGAAACGAAACAAAAGGAAUUCAAGCGAGCCAAGACUGUACGCACCGAAUAUCUGAGCGGCGUGGAUGAAAUCCAAAGAUGGCUGCGUCAAGCGGAAGUGCAAGUGCAAGAUCGUACACUCGCGCCAGCGCAAAUGAAGGAAUUGUUGCAUUGUAUCAAUCAGGAAAUCACCGGCAUUUAUGAGCGUUUCACAAUGGUUAAGACAAAUGGACAACUGAUUAUCGACAAUUGUCGGAAUAGUAAUGAGAAACUGCUCGUACAAUCGACGAUCGAUCAAUUGGCACAAGAAUUGGGACAAGUACGCUCAUGGUUGGAUGAGAAGAAGCAACAAGUCGGUGAUAGUUUGGAUGCAUGGACGAGAUUUAUGAAUUUGUAUCAAAUUGUGAUGGCGUGGGUGGCCGAGAAGCGCACCUUCCUCGAUCAGACAAUCGAAUUGCGUACACUGCCCGAGGCGCGUAACAAACUCAACGACUAUGCAGCGGCUGUGAAGAGUAUUAAACCGAUUGUGAAGCAUUUGAGCGAAAUGGAUAAGGAAUUGGAACAUAUUGGACAAGUGACAACUGUGGGUGAUCUCAAGGAUAAAUUGCAAGAGGCUGAGGAUGCCAAGGUUUCCGUGGAAGCGGUGCUGCUGGAAAGGAAUUCCCUACUACAAGAAGCCUGCGAAGAAUGGGAUCAAUGUGAACGCAAAAUCAAGGACAUACGCAGCUGGAUAGACAAAACGAAGCAAGCAUUGGAUUCGCCACAGCACAAGAAGAAACCGCUGCGCGAUCAAUUGGGCUACUGCGAGAAAACGCUGGCGGAUAUUAAUGUACAGAAGACCAAAUUACGCCUUUCUAUCGAAAAAUUGGAGGUGCACUUCCGCAAUGGUAUGGGUGGCGAUCCGCGCCUAAGCGAAAAUGUCGAUGAUCUAUUGAAAAUCUUGGACGGACUGGCGGAAUUGGUACGCACCAAAACCACUAGUCUCGAAGAGACGCUCAAUCAGAUCGAUAUCUAUCAGCAACAGAUGCAAACAUUGCGUCAAAAGAUCAUACAAGAGGAACAACAAUUGCGGCUCGUAAUGGCGCCCACGUAUCUGCCACACGAUCGUGAGCGUGCAUUAGCAGAGCAACAGGAGUUAACGCACGAUAUCGAAGAUUUACUGCAAUCCCUGUCGACGGUCGAAGAUGGCAUUGGCAAUUUGCCCAGCGCAAGUUUGGAUGGUAUGCUGCAAGGAUUGAAGCUAAUCCAAGAGAAUCUGGAAUACCAGGAGAAGGAGGCAAUACGCUUACAAGAAAUCAGUCAGACGCUACCCACAGACCCGGCAACAGAGCGAACACUCAACGAGAUCAAGGAUCGCAUCGAUCUUUUGUUGCGACGCACACAGCAAGGCAUCACAAUGAUUGCGAACGCCAUGCAUGGACAGAAGAAGCGCGAGGAGGAGCUCAACGAAUACCAAAUGCAUUUGAUCGCCCUACAAGAAUGGAUUAUGGAAGUAUCACAACAGCUGAAGGACCUCGAGCCCACACCUGAAGUCGCCGAAGAUGAGGAGCAGCUCAAAGCACAAGCCGAACGCAGCCAACAGCUGCUACGUACACUCAAGGAUAAGCAGCAAUCACUCGAAGAGUUAGUUGAAAAGACACGCCUGCUGCAGCAGCAUGAAGAUGUUGCGCCCAUGGCCUGCGAUCUGAUGGAUCAACUCGAGCAUAUUAUAACGCUGCUGCGCGAACAAAUCACUGUAGCCACUACGCGCAUUUACACGAUCGAAAAGACAAUUGUGGAGCUGCGUAAGUCUAGACAGGAGGAUGAGCAUCGCAAGCGCGUUGCUGCCGAAGCAUUGAUACAGCCACCGACUAGCGUGGCUGCCGAAGCAUCAUUGAUACAGCCAGCGACCAGCGCGCCAGCGUCGAUUACAUCGAAUGCUAGCACAAUUGAUUCCGCACCAAUGCCAGAGGAGGAGGUGAAACCACUCACCGCUGCUGGCGCACAGGUACAAGCAGUAGAAACUCAAACGUCCGAAAGUCUUGCCGUGCCACAGGCACAACCACAGGAGCCGCCACAGCCACAACCUAUUGUAGAGACACACACUGUAGAAGCGCAAACUAGUUUGGUCGAACCUGUUGCGCCAUUGGCUCCUUUUGUCGAAACUAUUGAAACUGCCAUGCAGACGCAGAAGGAGCGUAAGCCCACCGAGAACAUUCUGGUCACAUCAACAAUACAAGCGGGACAGGAGACUAUACAAAUCGAUACCAUACCGAAUAAGGAGAUACCCGAAGUACCAGACGAUGUUGAAAUUGAAGCACGUUAUCACCAACAGCCGCAAGGUGACGUCGAUCGCGCCACCGAGUUGGUGUUGAAGAAUGUGCCACAAGCCUUCGAGACUACCUUUGUUGAACCCGAUCAGACAACCACUGAAGUAGUGGUAGAUGCGGAUGGCACCAAACACAUCAUAGUGAAGAAAGUGACGCGCACGCGCCAACAAGUGGUGCAGCAUCAGCAAAUCAGCUCAAUUGCAACGGUUACCGAUGCCGAAGGCAACAUCCAGGUGCAAUCCACCGGUCAACUGAAUCUCGAAAAUGUGCAUACCGCAGAUACCAGCGGCGAUGAUCAGCGCGGCUAUCAGACAGUGGUAACGCAACAGACACGCGGCACUGUAGUCGACGGAUCUGAUCCGAAUGCGAUUAUCGUUAAGGAGUUCGAGACCGAACCAACAGUGGAGCGGUACGAGCAAUUGCAAAUGCCUGAGGGUCAAACUGAUAUUGUCACUGUCACCACGGAGGGACCCGCGACUACAGCCACCACGCAAAGCAGCAUACGCGCCGUUGUGCACCAAGUUACGCGUAAGAUUAUACGCAAGACGCGCAAAAUUAUUAAACGUAUUGUGGUGAUCGAUGGUGUUGAGCAUGUCACCGAAGAGGUGGUCGAAGAGCCAGAAGAGAUUGAAGUUAGCGAGGAGGAGCUGCCGCCGCAAGUGAAUGUGAACAUCAUACGCACUGUUAACGGUAAGGUGGUAACCGAGGAAGAAUUCGAACGGCUGACAAAAGAACCCGGCGUUGUAAUUGAAGAGGUUUCUACAGAUUUAUUAGAACCGACAGUGUCAUCACCGCCGCCAAGCGAACCCGUUGAAGUCGAAGCUGUGCCGACGGUGACAGACGCGGUGCAGCCGCCACAGGUAUUUGACAUUGAAACUUCUACCAUCACUACAACAACAACACCACAAACACAACCAACAACAACCAGUAUUAUAACUACAAGUACAACAGAAAGAACAAAAACAACAACAUCAACAGACCAAGCACCAGUAGAAUUUGUUGAUUUGCCAGCACCAAAAGUAGUUGAACAAAGAAUCAUUGAAACCGUAGAAGCUACUAGCACUAGCCCCGUUAAUAUUCCAGCGGAUUUAAGUACAACGCCACACGACGAAGAGCAGAUAGUAGUAGUCGAAGAGACGAUUACACCAAGCGUACAGACUACUGAACCCGUUAAAGCUAUAGAAAAUGUAAGUGAUAUUUGGCCCAGAGAGCAUCAUUUGAUACCAACAGAUAUCGAAUUUUCACAUCACGUCGACGAGCCAGCCAAACCGGCUCACGAUGUGAUAGUAACAAGCGAUUCAAAGCCAGUGGAGACAGUUUGGCCAAUUGACGAAGAAACUGGUUAUCCGGUUUCGCUGGAGGAAUAUAAAUUUGAAAAGUUGGUGGAGCCAAAACCGCAGCCGAUAGCGAGCGAGCCCACUGGGAAAUCGCAAGUGGUUACAACAACAACUACAACUGUCACAACCACAGAAAAAGUGGCGCCUGAAGUAACUCAUGAAGUGAGUGAGACAACUGAGGAACCAGCAUCAGCAGUACCAAUGCCACCAUUGGCGUCAUUCAAAGAACCCGAAGAAGACGAAGAAGAAACUGCAAUAGAAACCUCAGUAACAAUAUCGCAAUUGCCUACACUUGCGCCUGAAACUCAAGUAUUAGCUCCCACACCCGUCGGCGAGCCAGAAGUUUGGCCAACAGAAGUUCAGGCGGUAGCUCCUAAGACACCCGAACCAGCAGUAUUAGCACCAGAGAUGCCUUUGCCUACAGAAAUAAUCAGCGUAGACGAGGUUACGGUAGUAGAACCUACAGCCGAGUUGGUCACUGAAGUGACUACUGUAAAAUCAGAGAAAAUCACUACACCUCCACUCGCAGCGGAACCACAAUCACUCACUUCUACCGAGACUGGCACAGCUACGCCACCGGAGGACAAGUUCCUGCAAGCUGCACUUGCACCUACACCUGCUGAUACGAAAUCCAAAAUCGACAUACGCGCUGCCACACAACUUUUCAUUUCUGGUGAAGUAUUGGCCACUGACAGCGAUUCGCCACGCAAGUCGUUCACCGUAACAGCGCCCUCUAUCGAGCAAACUGGCAGCGGUGUUUUGAAAGUUGUUAUGACACCCGAGGAAGACAUUGAUCCCAAUCAAUUGCCGCCGAAAGUAACCAUGACAAUUGUUGAGACUACAACGGUGACGGAGACAGAGCGCGAAGACACCACGUCACGCGGCGAUGAGUUGAAUAUCGCACCCGGCGAUACCAAGCGAAGUCGCAAGAAAAAGAAAAGAAAGGAAGAAGUCGCGCCUGGACCUGAACAAAGCGAAGAAGAGCCCAAGGUCGAGGAACCUGAAGUGCCAGUAUCAAGAGUUUCAGUAUCCGAAAUCGAUAUUGAAUCUCCACAUGAAACCGGCUAUGAAGCAGAUGACAAAACUCUGGAUGAUGGCGAUACGGACGAUGGCAAGAAGAAGCGCCGCAAGAAGAAGAAGCAAAAGGUCAAGGCACGCGAAGAUGAAGAAUCGCAUGUGCCAUCCUCAGAGGCGACGCCACGCGACAUUGAAUCGCCCAGCUUAGAGUCCGAAGGUAAAGUCAAGCACGAGGCAAUCACUGAAAUUAGUCCUGAGAGUGAAGCUACUAGCAUUGAAGUAGAUACUUCAGUAAAAGUGGUCGAAGAAGCCGUUGUGACGCCUGAUUCCGAGUCACCACGUGAGCCCUUCACGGAGCUGGUCAUACCUACAGAAGUAAUAGAAAUCGCCUACGUAGAAGAUGAGCAGCAGCAGACAACGCCACGUGAAGAAGCACCUGCGCCUGCGCCGGUGCUUGAGAAGCCCAUAACAGAGUUGAAGUCUUCUCAGACAACACCGGAGCACAAACCAAAGCAUGAAGAAAUAUCAAUGCAAACCAGUAUUGAAAUCGCGCCUGAAAUACAAGACACCGAGGCGCAAACAAUAACAGUGGAGGUGACGGAAACGGAAAUUCAGACAACACCACGCACUGAAGAGACAGUCGCGCAGAUAGUGGCAGAGCCGAAGGAAACUGAGGAAGAAGCAGUGCAAACUGACGUGGCGUAUGAAGAGCCUGUACCUCCAGCAGAAGUGCCAAUAAAGCCCGAAACUACUGAAAUAUCGAGUCAAACAAUUGUUGUUACCACAAUUGAAAAAGAGCUACAGACCACGCCUAAGGAGUCACCACACACGCCUGAGCCCAGCAGCACAGACAUCAUACAGCCGUUAGUGCAGGAGCUGGUAAAGGAUAUGACUACUGAUCUGCCUGCUGAAAAAGUAGAAAAGUCAGAUCAAGCAAUUGGCACCGAGCCCACAGUUACGCAAGAGAUUCAUGUGCAAACCAUCACACCCGAACCGGUGGAGCAUGUUAGGCCAGCCAGUACACCCGAACCCGUGAUCGAAGAAUUUAUUGAACCGGUGCAAGUGGUGAAGGCACCCGCAGAACAGCGCGACCAGCACACGACCACCUUUGAGUUGACUCAAUUUGUAGACUCAACUUCGCAGACUACACCACGUCACGAACCGAAACCGCAACCGCAAGAGGUGGAGCAGCCAACAGCGGUAGAGCGGCCUGUGGUGGUGGAACAGCCAGAAUCGUUGGAGCAACCAGCAUCCUUGGAGCCACUAACAUUAACGGAAGAUAUAUCAUCAACACUGACUUCCAUAUCCGAGCCCUACAACAUAGAAAUACAGACCUCUGUGGCAAUACCACCCGACACAGAUAACUCUGAAAUGGAGCCUGUUGUAUAUGAACAUACACAAACCAUUGAAUUGCCCAAGCGUGAUAAAAAGAAGAAAGAUAAGAAAAAGAAGAAAAAGCAUGCGCCACAAGAGGAUGAGGAAUCGCUGUCCGAACAGCUACCCGAAGUAAAUGUUAAUAUUGAAAUAGCAAAUGACAUGGUACCUGAAGCGGGCGUCGUGGUUACCACCACUCAACAUGUGUCAGAGCCUGUUCAAGCGGCCGACGACAAAACAACGCCUGAUGUAGAAAAGAAGCCCCAAUUGGUGCAGCUGCAAAUCACUAAAACUACAGUUUACGAGGAGUUCCCCGAUAUGCAGUUGCAAAUUAGCGAGCAAAGUAAGGUCAAUGUGUCCGGCCAACAGGCUGGCAAACCGCGUUCUAGACCCACUUCUACGGUCAUGAUUGAGGAAGUCGGUUCACCGACCGAGGAGCUAGUUGUACCCAUUACGCCAGGUCCAGACAAGGAAAUUCCCGAAAGCACGGCUGACAGCAUUUGGUUAACCGCAACAUCCGCUGCCAUUGACGUGGAUAAGACGCCGAAAGACGCUUCCCAGGCAAUGAUUAUGUCCGAAAGUCUGCAACACUAUCCCGGCCCACAGGUGCAAUCAAAACCAGUUGAUGUUUGGGCGGAAACGAAACAGGUGAUAGGCGGACGCAUAAGAUGCUUGAAAGAGUCUACGCCAGAGCAUACGCCACUCAGCAAUGUCCUACAUUUGGCUACGCUUUCCGACAGAAUAAAAGAUGUACCCGUCGAGGUGCGCGCGCAGGAAGUCAAUCAAGGCUUGCAUGAUUUGGAAGACGCCGUGAAGCAUGGUGAUCGCACUGUGAUCGAAACCACGGUCAUAACUGUAAUUGAAAAGGUAUCAACAUGGCUGGAAACCAUUGAAUAUCGCGUCUAUUUGAUCAGACAGAACUCCGAUGAGGGUCCAUCUGAGGAAAAGUUGGACAAUUAUAAUCAACUGAACGAUGAGCUCAGCACCAUUAAGACAAACGUCAACACACUGGAAACGCAGCUAGAGAAGGCUGAUCACUUGACCGGCCCUGAGGUGCAGCAAUGCGUGGAUGCGCUCAAGGAGCACGUCGAUGCUGUGCAAGGCAUAACCAAAGACAACCAGGCGCAAGAUUCUAAGGAGUUGGAGAAGUGGAACAACUUCGUUGUGUUGAUACAUCGUAGCACCACAAUUUUGGAAGAACUACAGGAGCGUUACGACACCAUCGUGGCGCAAGAUCUAACGCUGAAUGCGAAACUGCGCAGCCUUGACGAUUUGGAGGCACAAAAUGCGGACGUACAAAGUAGCAUCGCAGAGUUGACGCACAGCGCACGCGCAUUCCAACGCAACUUCCCUGGCAAAAAAGUACCGCAAGACCUUUACAAUUCUUACGAAGUGUGCAAGAAUAUCGAAAACAACAUACUUGCUGAGCGCGAUCGCUUACUACAGUUGCAGUCGCUAGGCGAAGAGUACGAGCAGACGCUCAAGGAGUUCACAAACAUCACUGUGCUGGCCGAUAAAAUGGUUGAAAGUCCCAUUAUUUCCAGCUCAUUGGAACAACUCAACAACGAAGUGCAGAAACAUCGCAAAUUCUUUGUCAACUUGAGUCAUUGCCGCGCAAUGCUGGAGUCGCUGGAAGAGAAUAUCGACUCCGAAACGCGCGAGAAGCAUGCCGAGUUGCAUAAAGAUCUCUACAAUCGCGCAACUGUGCUGUUGGAGAAAGCCUCCGAGCGCUCAUCGAAAUUGGUGCAAGCUGCUUCGCGCUGGACUGUGUUGGAGAAGGGCAUGAAGGAUGAAUUGCAAUGGCUGCAUGUUGCACAGCAGCGUGUACCUGAUUUGUCCGCUGUAACUUCGGCUGAUUACGAUCAAUACACAACACUCUACCAGUCACUUAGCACCGAUAUCUCGCAUCACUAUCUAAAAAUGACACAACUAUCGAAUAUUGCGAACAAAUUACAAGACCUCGUGCAAUCGCCUAAUCUGGUCGAGGAGACUAAUGAAGCGCUCAUUGUGCUAUUGAAAUUGCGUGAAGAAGUCUCUUUGUACCUGCAUCGUCUGCUCGUCUUCAAAGAGAUCUGGGCGCAGUAUGAAAACCAAACCGACAAAAUCGAAGCAUUUGUGCGCGAGGCUGAAAGGGAAUUGCGCCAAAUUCAUAUACCCGAAGAUCCGCUGGAGCAACCUAUCGAACAUAUGCGCCAGUUCUGGGAGAUGAAAGCGCAUUUCGAAGUGCACAACAAUGUACGCAACUUGGCUGGACAUAGUUUCGAAAAGGCGCUGCAAGUCAUACCGCUCGCUGAUGAGAUGCUGCAACGCCAAUUUCACGCGCAGCUCGAAGAACGCUGGCAAAAUAUUGCUACGUCGAUCGAGCGCAUACAAAGCAACAUUGUCAACAGCCUCGCCUCGCAAGAUGUGCCAGCCGAAGAUAAAUUAAAGUUGGUGGAACGUGAGCUGCAAGAAAUCUACCUCACCAUGACCAGCAUCAAGGGCGUCAUCAAGAACGAGGAGGAGCUGUGUCUCUACAUCGAACGAAUUCAAGUAUUACGCACGCGUGUUGGCUUCAUUGGCAACGAAUUGGGACGCAUUGGUCUGCAAGAUCCCGCCAUUGAACCAGAGAAGGUGGGUGAACUCUUCGCGCUCUCACACAAAAUCAACACACAGAUUGCCGAAGAAUUGGAGGGUGCCUCCGUGCUGCGCGAACAGCUGCGCGCCAUACAAGACGGCAUACAGAAUUUGCGUAAACAUCAAACAAAACUUUCCGUCAUACUGGAUGAAUGUGAAAACGCUGAAAAAUUGAGCAGCGAAGCAAUAGAGAAGGCGGUAAACGACUGUCAGGCGGUGGGUGAAGAUCUCAUCGGCAACUGGCAAGAAAUCAUGCGUCUCCGUCAAAUGUUGCAUACGCUGCCAAUGCGCUUGAAAAUGUCUGUGUCACCAGUGAAACUGGAGCGUGACAUAUCGCAGCUACAAGACGAUCAUGCUUUCUUGGAGAGCAAAUGCACGAACAUUUUGGGUAUACUAAGAAAUCGUUUGGCGUUGUGGACGCGCUAUGAGCGGCAAUUGGAGAUGGUGCACGAUUCGGUGCAAGAGACAGACUUUAUGAUGGAACUGUUGAAGGUGCACGGCCAGGUGGACUAUGAGCGACUACGCAAGGCCACUGAACGGCUAGAGGGUCUUGCUGGUGAUUUGCAAAAUCGUGAAACACUCUUGGACGACUUAAAGUCCUCGGCUAAGCCCCUUAUCGAGACGUGCGAUGUGCAAAUUGUCGAACAAAUCGAAUCGGCCGUACAGGAAGCGGUUGUAGCUUGGAAUGAUACUUCAGAUAAUUUACAACAAUUAUGUACGCGUUAUCAACGCGCCGUUGAAUUGUGGGAGAAAUAUCGUAACGCAUCGGCCGCUGUACGCAAUUACGUUGAACAGCAAAUGGAUGCGGUGAAGAAUUUGGAACAACCACUGGAGACGUUGCAAAAUGCGAAGGUUUGCCAGGAUAAUUUGAAUUCACAAACGGAUCGCUUGUCCGAGCUGCGCGAUAUCGUUACGAAAAUAGCCGCUGAUAUUGGUUUGGAUGCCUCUGGCCUUAUGCAAGGUGAAUUGGAUGCUUUAGGCCAACGCUUGCAAGAUUGCAAGGAGGCCAUUACCACAUUGGCGAAUGUGGCGGAAGCCAAGGAUAAAGAACGCAAGGCAAUCGAGGAGAAUGUGCAACAAACAAAAACGUACUUGAAUAAUGUGCAGAAGGACGUUGAUCGGCAGGCACAGGCCGCAGUUGCCGGCGUGCCCAGUGAAGAGCAGUUGGCGGCAUUGCGCGCACAUCUGGAAACAUUGGCGCGCACCGAGGAAGAGCUGAAGCAGUUGCACGAACGAAAUAUAGAAAAUACAGCAACCGAACGCGGCAGCAGCAGCAGCAGCAGCAAUGACGAUGACAACACCAUUAUUGAAGUGCUAGAGCUGUGGCAGAAGAUCUUCCAGGAAACUUUCCAGGAGUAUCAUCGCUUAUCCACAAGGCUGCUACGCAGUCAAAAUAGCACAGAAGCGCUGAAGCUGUGGCGUCAAUACCUGCAACACGUACAGCAAUUCCUUGCAUGCAACAUACCCGAGGACUACACCAGUCUCAAGGAACAGCAACAUCUGUGUGAGAUACAUCAGAACCUGCUUAUCUCACAGCAAAAUGUGCUGGCCACGCACACCGAAGCCGAGCAGCAACUCGAACCGGCGCUCGCCGAACAAUUCAAGCUGCUAACGAAUAUGCAUAAUGAAACGCUGUCACGUAUUAUGCAGCGCAAUAGUGAAUUGGAACGGCGCAUGGCCGCUUGGAAUGCAUAUCGCACCGAUUUGGCUGCGCUGCUGGAAUGGCUGAAGGAGCGCGAAAAGGAACGUACGCGCUUGCAGCUGCGCUAUAUACAUUUGAAGCGCGUACCGCGGCUCAAACAGCGUUUGGAAGAGUUGCUGCAGCAGUUGCCGGCAGGUGAAGGGAUGUUGGCGGAAUUGAAGGAGCAGCAGGCGAAUUUAUUGCGCUUCUGUGAUGACGCGCUCGCUACCUCCAUACGCAUGGAACAGUCGAGCGUGGCGCAGCGCAUAAACAAUUUGAAGGCCGCGCUUGAGACAUGGUUCGGUUUUCUGGUGAAAAUUUCCAAGUUGGCGAGUUCGUAUGAGCAGCGCGUUGCGCAACUCGAUGCUGAAUUUGAUAAAAUCCAACAGCUGGUUGCCGAUACUAAUGCGUCAUUGCCCACUAGCUCGAGCGCCAUCCAAGAAUGCCUUAGCAAGCUGCGCGCACAGCAAGUGCACCUAUCGACGCUCACGCAAGAACUCGAGGGACUCAAUGUAAUGCAAGAGGAGCUCAAGGAAUGCAUUAGCCCGCACGAUAUGAAAGCCAUACGGCAAAAGGUUUGGCUGCACUGGCAGCAACAUGCCGAUCUCGAGUACCAGCUGUCAACCUUGAUUAACUCCAUCGAGGAGCGUUUGUCCUUGCAUGCGCUCUUCAAUACCCGCUACGAACGGCUGGCGCAUUGGCUGAGCGGACUAGAACACCGCGUUGAGCGCGAUUCCGAUAUUUCAGCAAUCGCUAACCCGGAAGAUGCAGCGCGUCAAUUGGAUAAACAAGUCACUGCCGAGCUGCAGUUACGCGAGAAGGAUCGCGAAUGGUUGCUCUCAACGGGACGCGAACUGAUUUCACUAUACACGGAUAAUUCGCAGAAUGCAGAAGCCAUACGCAUGGAAGUGCAAGAAAAAUCCGAUAUGUUCAUCGAUCGCUGGGAGCGUCUGAAGUACCUGAGCAAGCAGCGCGCCAAUAAGAUUGGCGAUUUAAAGAUGACGCUGCAGCGCCUGGAAGAACGCAUUGCCUUAAUACGCGCCUGGAUGUUUGAAGUUGAGACCGAAUUAGACAAGCCGCUCACCUUCGACUCGUACACACCGCCAGUGAUAGAAGCGAAGCUGAAAGAGCACGAGAAGAUACAACGCUCUAUUGAGAAUCACAGCAGUAAUGUGGGUGAGGUGCUCAAUUUGGUUGAAAUGCUCCUAAACGACGCGGACACUUGGCGCUCGCAUGUGAACACCUCGAAUUUAGGCGUCUCAGCGCAGAAUCUUGAAAAGCGCUGGAAGAAUGUAUGUCAGCAAUCGGCCGAACGCAAGCAGCGCAUACUCACCACGUGGAAUUUGUUGCAGCAACUGAUCAAAUUCACUACCGAGUACAAGACCUGGCUGAGCAAGCAAGAGUCGGACAUAGCUGGCUUCGAGCGCGAUCUCUCGUCACUGACCAAGGAGGAGGCAGCUGCGCGCCAGAAAGCCGUCGAAGCCAAGUUGGCUGAGCUGGAGACGCAAGAAGCGCCACUCAACCAACUCGUGCACACUUACGGCAAGCUGAUGAUGAGCGCCGGCAUCGACCCUGAGAACAUACAGAAUCUCACAAUGCCUACGAAGGUAAUGCUGGCAAAGUGGCGCCAAUUGGGUCCACGCUGUCAUGCCGUUAUUGAUGUCAUCGAUAAAGAUGUGAAACUUCGCCGCGAUUUCGAGAAAGCGCAACAGGAGGCAGUACAAACGCUGGCGGGUAUUCAAAGUGAACUCGAGCGGCUGCAGAAGCAACAGCCGAAGACACCUGCGGAGGCACAAGCUGCGCUUAAGCGUAUCGAAAGCCUCGAGGCUAGGUUGAACCAAGCCACCGAUAAGGUUGAAAGCGCCGACAAACUGGGUGCAGAAACUAAAACUAAGGCGAAGCAAGACGAGCUCACGCGCAUUGUCACGCUCAUUACACAGUAUACGACAAUUUGGCGUGAGCUACAAACACGCAUUGUCACAAUCAAAACCGAAUGGACUGCAAAGGCUGCUGCGGCAACCGCUGCUGCCGCUGGUGCUGCCGCGGAGGCGGUCAUUUCGGCGACGCGCAUCUCAGAGGCCGACGCCGGCGUGCAGGUGAAUACUUUGUCGCAGCGUAAACUGCGCAAGGCGCCAAUGCAACGCGAAACCUCGAUUACGGCCAAGGAUGCUUAUAUUAUGGAGCUGGACACAGCGAUCAAGGAGUGCCAAACCAAUCUGGAUGAGCUGCAACGCACCAUCUGCGACAAGACACGCAAACCGGGUCCACAAAAGAUGUCGAAACUCAUCGGCAAUGCGCAAUCGUCCACCGAGCUAGUCAAGCAUUUGAGUCAGCUGCUGCUGAGCGAAUGUCAAGCAAACGACAAGGAGGCGCAGGUCGAGACGGUAGCUGAAUUGUCAUUGCGCUUUGACACAUUACUCUCGCAGUGGAAGACGCGUCAACAGCAAGACCAGAAAUCAAGAAGCGCGCUUCCUGCUGCUUACAAACUGACCUGUCCACAUGAGGUCGGUCGCCUGACAUGCCCGCUCUGCACGCAACGCAAUUGGCAACAGAUUGACAACGAUUUGUGGCGACUGGAGCAGUGGUUGCAAUUUGCCGAAGGCACACAAAACGCACAAACCUCACCGCCCUCAAAUAUCGAACUGCUCGAAGAUGUCGUGCAAGAUCACCGUGAAUUCCUGCUCGAUCUGGAAAGUCACAAAUCGAUUGUGAUGAGUUUGAAUGUUGUCGGCGAUCAUUUGGCCACACACACACUGGACACUGAAAAGGCGCGUCAACUACGCGAUCGUCUCGAAGCCGAUAACGAACGCUGGAAUGAAGUUUGUAUUAGAGCCACCAAAUGGCAGGGUCUGUUGCAAACUGCCCUAAUGGGCAACAGUGAAUUCCAUCAGAUAAUCGAUGAAUUGUGCGCUUGGUUGCAACAGACCGAACAGAAUAUUAAAUCUUCAGAGCCCGUGGAUUUGACUGAAGAACGUAGCGUAUUGGAGGCGAAAUUCCGCAAAUUCAAGGAAUUACGCUCCGAAUUGGAACGCUGCGAGCCGCGUGUGAUGAGUCUGCAAGAUGCUGCCGAUCAGCUGUUGAGAACUGUGGAUGAGGCGAGCUCGGAAUCCACGCACACCUAUGCAAGAACCCUUUCCAGGCUGACAGAUUUGCGGUUGCGUUUACAAUCGUUGCGUCGCCUCUCCGGCAUCUAUAUUGUAAAGUUGGGCGCUGUGCUUGGCUAUGAUGGUGAUAAUAUGGGCGUGUCGCUGCAUAUAUUGUCGUCAGAGCUUUUGGAUCAAACUACAUUACCCUCUACAUCUUCUUCUAUGCAGGCUGCCGCACCGUACACUGAUAAUGCAAACGGCACCACCAACGCCACCGAUGCCGAUGCUGUCGAUGGCGAUGCCAUCAACACCACCGUACUUGCGCGCGGUGCACGCUUCCUCGGACGUGUUGCACGUGCCUCGUUGCCCAUACAAGCGCUCAUGUUGCUGUUGUUGGGUGUUGCCACACUUGUGCCCCACGGUGAAGAUUAUACCUGCAUGUUUUCGAAUUCAUUUGCGCGUAGCCUAGAACCGAUGUUGUCAUACCCAAAUGGACCGCCACCAACGUAGUAGUGGUUGAUGAAGAAACAAACGAAAAUAAAGGUUAAAAAAUCAUACAUAAUAACUUAAAGUUAAAACGAACAAGAAAUAGUAUAUAAGAAAAGUAAGAUUUGUAUAUAAAAAAAAUAAAUACAACUUGUAAUAUGAUUACAGCCAAAAUCAGUUGGUUGCAGUUGCAGUUGCUGAAGAAAGUUUUGAAAAAUAUAAAAAAAAAAAAUUUGACGCUGUAGUUGUACGCUUGCGUGAAAUUGUUGCUGACUUGUGUAAUGAAUUUGUAUUAAAAAAAAAAAACACACACACACAAACGAAUUAAGCAAAAAUUAUUGCCUUUGCUUGUAAUUGUACAAUAACAAAUGUGAAAACCAAUCCUACUUUCUAUAACCAUAAACUUGUAUUGUACUUAGUGCAUUAUAUAAAGUUGAUUGUAGUUGCGCAUGCGCACUUGCCGAUAGUUAUUUCCCCACAAUAGUUGCAAACAUUUGAUAGCCCAUAGAUAGCGCUUAUGGAAUAUGUGAAAAACGAGAUGAAAAAAAGACCAAGAAAAGAUUAAAAAAAAAAAAAAAAUAAUAUUAGGGAAAAGAAUGUUAACGAAAUGGCGGCGAAUGAAAUUAGUAUAACGAAAAUAUUUAUGCAGAAAGCAAAUGAAACCAGUGAACUUUUGUAGCUCGUAGCGCUCAUAGCGAUACCGUAAAAUAAACAAUCGUUUCAAAAAAAAAAAAUGAGCGCGACAAAAUAGCAAACAAUUUAGUAUGUAAGCUUGUAAGAGAAAAUGAAAAAAACAAAAACAAAAACAAAUUACGAUACGCACAUAUAACACGAAAAAUAGUAUAGCAAAACAAAUUUUUUUGAUAUUUUCAGUAUGUAGAAAAGGAAAAUUUUAGGAAAACAAAAGUAAUUUAGCAGCUGCCAAUGAAAUUUUUUUGCGCUAUGCUUUGUAUUAAGCGAAUUUCGUGGAACAUUUUUGUGUAGUGCAAGGCAUAGCACCAAAAGAGAAAAGAAGCAUAAUGAAAAGGCCAACAGAUGACAGCACAAAUACACAUGUAGAAAGCCGAAAUCCUUACUCAUAGCAGAACAGCAGAAAUAAAAAUAAAAAUAAAAUAAAACUCUCCAAAAUUUAAAUUUUCAAACAGCCACAACCGAAUUGUGAAAAUUUAACUCAAAUUGUUUUUAUAAACAAAAAAAACUCAUGACCCAAAAAAUUGACAAUUUUAAAAAUGUGAAACGCCCAUAUUUUUACAUAACCUCAUCUCCCAAAUAAAGUGGUUUUGCGCAAAAUCGGGGCAUUUACAUUUUCAAAAUUUUCAUAAAACCAAAAAAAAAAUGGCCAACGUUGCGCAGCCUGUUUGCACACACUCAAACAAAAAUCUCUCCAAAUGUUUGUUUUGGUUGUUGCUUGCGCAAAAUGACUUGCAGCAACGUUGGCACACACACACACACAAACCACGCAGUACUGCAUAACGAAACAUUUCGCAAAUAAAAAAACAUUCCCAAAACAGGCAUUACCAUAGUUGCAUACAUAUUUUUGUUGAAACGAAAAUUUUUUUAAAAAUACGCUUUUCGAAAAAAAUAGUAGUAAUAAAUAUUAAAAAAAAAAAACAAAAACGAAAAGCUGUCGCUGCUGGCCACUUGAUUUAUGUGCACGCUUUCUUUCGCUUGUUGUGCAGCUGCUAAAACGAAAGCAGCAAGAGUGUCCUAUGCUGGUGCUUAACCGAAAUUGAUGAAAAACCCCAUUAAUUUCUUUUUGCAAAGAAACAAGCAAAAAAUAAAACAAACAAAAAAUAAAACGAACGACGAAGUAAAAUAUUCAUUUAAAUGCGUUGAAGAAAAGCAAACAAAAAUGCAAGAAAAUGUAAAAAAAAAAAUUUAAGAAAAUUUCAAAAAAAUUUAAAAACUGCACGCGCACUUUUUGGCGUUUGUGUAAAAGAAUUUUGUUUUUGCCAGAAUCCAUCCAAAUUAGUUUAUACAUGCAACAUGCAUGCAUACAUAUAAUUAUUAUCUAUGUUACUAUAAAUAUUUAUUUUCUUUUUUUGGCAUACAUUUUACAUACAUACGCUUCACCUACAUAUGUAGCUACAUACGCUAAUUUUCUAUAAGUACCUAAAACGCAAAAUGCAAAAGUUAUCGUGUUAUGAACAACUAUAAACUAUUUAUUCAUUUUUCUAUGAAUUAACGCAUAAACAUUUAUGUAUGCAUGCAAAAAAAAACAACAAAAACAAGUUAUGAUAUUAUUGAUAAUUGUUUAAUUGCCUAUUGCUUUGUUACUUUUUUCAUAGACAUUAAAUACAACAAGAAAAAUUUGCCUUUAUUAUUGUAAAAAAA